UGAACCUACAGUGUGCAUCAUCGAGAAUGUGUUUGACGUUGCCGGCAUGCGUGUGCGCACUAGCGUACAUGAGCGUGCGCCUCGGGGGAGCUGGUUUUUGGACGGUCAAAAGGCGUUUAUUCGCAGAGAUGGAAAAUGCUAAAAUUAGCCCGAUGUUGCUGGACAAUACGCAUCCCCGUCAGCAGAGCUAAAAGUGGUCCGUCUGUGUGUGUGCAUGUGUGGAUUCCACUCCAGGUGUUAGCGCGCGGUACAAAUGUCUUUGUAGGCUAACAUGCUCAGGUGGGAGGUGUGAUGCGUUUGUGUGUUGCAGAUGCACUUGUGCGGCGCUCUGCUCUUCAUCUGUCUGCUGUCCAUCAACAUGCCUGAAGGAGACGCCCACGAGCUGAGGCGACCACAACAGCAUGAAGACGCUUCGACGAGGUCCGGGCCCGCCGCAUUAGUCCACCCGGACGUGACCAAAACGCUCCAGCCAGAUGGUCGAGCGAAGGCAGAGAAUGAUGUCACGGAGUCCAAGAGGAAGACGAGUUUCCUCGGGAACACGCUGGAUCGGCUGUCCAUUGGCGCCAUCAACACCAAACAUGCGGCAAACAGGCAGAGAGUGAUUGAGUUGCCACGGCGACGCCUCAGCCUCCCUCCCAUGGACAGGCUCGGGAUGAGACGCUUGCCAAAUAGAAGAGGAUGAGUGACCCCAUCUAUGGAGAAUUAAGGCCUCAGCCAAUCAGCAGCUGGAACACUCGGAACCGGUCAAUCGACGCAUCUGGAAGUCAAGACUUUUUUUUAAUACUUUAAAUAGAAGAUGUUUGGAUAUGUGUCGAAAUAUAUUGCUGCUCUUUAAAACACCUUUUGUAUGUUUUAGUAAAGAAAAAAAAAUAGUAUAGAUUAAAGAUUGUAAAGAAAACUGGUU